CUCCGAGCAUAACCCGCCGCUCCCUUUCUUCUCUCUCACAUGCUCUUGGCACACUCUCUCAUGGCUGGUCCAAGAAUUUUGCUCUGCGGGGAUGUCUUAGGUCGCCUCAACCAGCUCUUCAAGCGUGUCCAAUCGGUUAACAAAUCAGCGGGUCCAUUCGAUGCGCUUCUUUGCGUUGGCCAGUUCUUCCCUGACUCGCCGGAGCUGCUUGAGGAGUUCAUGGACUACAUUGAAGGCAGCUCCCAAAUUUCGCUCCCAACCUAUUUUAUUGGUGAUUAUGGCAUCGGAGCCCCCAAGGUUCUGUCAGCCGCGUCGAAAAACUUGGCGCAUUUAGGGUUCAAGAUGGAUGGCCUGAAGAUCUGUGAGAAUCUGUAUUGGCUGAAAGGCAGUGGCAACUUCACUUUGCACGGUUUAUCUGUAGCAUACUUAUCUGGUAGGGAAUCUUCGGGUGCUCAACAAUUUGGAACAUAUAGUCAGGAUGAUGUUGGUGCAUUGCGAGCUUUGGCUGAUGAAUCCGGAAUUGUUGACUUAUUUCUAACUAAUGAAUGGUCCAGUGGGAUCACAAACAGAGCUGCUGUAUCAGAUGUCCCCGCUGGAAUCUCAGAUUCUUCAGGCAGUGAUUCUACUGUAUCGGAGCUAGUUGCAGAAAUCAAACCACGCUAUCAUAUUGCAGGUACUAAGGGUGCGUUCUACGCUCGUGAACCAUACUCUAAUAUUGAUGCUCUACAUGUUACCCGCUUCUUUGGUCUUGCUCCUGUUGGAAACAAAAACAAACAGAAAUUUCUCCAUGCAAUUUCCCCCACUCCUGCAUCUACAAUGUCACGUGCUGAGAUUAGCACGAAGCCUUCAAACACUACCCUGUCUCCAUACAUGUUUGCAGAGCAAGCAGCUAAUCCUAAGGAAGCCACCAAAAGAACUAGUGAUAGUGAUUCACAGUAUUGGAGAUAUGAUGUCUCGCAAAAACGAAAAAGACAUGGAGAUGGAGAUGGUGAUAAACUAUGUUUUAAAUAUAUAUCUUCUGGUUCUUGUCCGCGAGGGGAAAAAUGCCACUUUAAGCAUGACAUGGAUUCAAGAGAGCAGUGUUUGAGAGGUGUUUGUCUUGAUUUUAUAAUCAAAGGAAAUUGUGAAAGAGGUUCUGAAUGCAACUAUAAGCACAGCCUACAGAGUGAAGGUGAAGGUUAUUCUCACAGAAGACCUGGAGCUGAAAAUACUAAUGCCGGCAGGUCAAGAGAGUGCUGGUUUUGCUUGUCAAGCGCCAAUGUGGAGUCACAUCUUAUCAUUAGCAUAGGAGAAAGUUACUACUGUGCAUUGGCUAAAGGCCCCCUUGUUGAAGACCAUGUCCUGUUAAUGCCUAUCGAGCAUUCACCUAAUACUCUUUCUCUACCACCAGAAUGUGAAGAUGAGCUUGGCAGAUAUCGGAACAGUUUGUCGAUGUAUUAUAAAAAUAGAGGGGAGGAAGCUGUGUUCUUUGAGUGGGUUUCCAAGUGUGGUACUCAUGCAAAUAUUCAGGCUGUUCCGGUUCCAUCACCACGGACAGCAGCUCUGCAAGAUAUAUUUAACAUGGCAGCUAAAAAGUUGGGUUUUGAAUUUGUGGCCUUGCAGUCCAAUAAUUCUGCCGGGAGACCAUUGUUAAGAACCCAGUUUGACAAGAAUUUUAGUUUAUUUUAUGUGGAACUCCCUGGAGGUACGAUACUUUCACAUUUGGUCGAGGAGAAUGAGAAAUUUCCUGCACAAUUUGGACGCGAGGUUCUUGCUGGCUUGCUGAAAAUGCCAGAUAGGGCUGAUUGGCGAAAUUGUAAACUUGACAAAGAAGAGGAAACAAAAAUGGCGGAAGAUUUCAAGAGCCGGUUUAAAGGAUUUGACCCUACUCAGUAAUUUUUUUGAAAAGAAUGCCACAAACCAACCGCUUUGUGGGUGUUAUCUGCUUGGAUGCCAUGAUGGGUUAUUAAUCAGUUGGUGAUGGUGCCUCAUGAUCUUUUAGCUUGAAAUGUUACAUUUUUGUUAUUGGAACAGAGUUGAGGGUGCCUCAUGGUCCUCAUGUUUGAAGUAAAUCCAUUAUAUGGUGACUUCUGAGCCCAGGUGGUCUCUAUACUGCCCCCUGACCUACUGUGUGUCUAUUGCCUGUCAGACCAGAUUGUCAUUCUUUUCUCAAGUUAUUUUAAAAUGAAUGUUCUUUUCUAUAAUUUUGCCUUCCAAGUGGUCUCAGCCAUUAGAUUGUCCAUGACCUAGUUUGUGCAAUUAGUUUCAGCUCGAGACAAUUUACGCAAAUCAGGAAAAUAGGAGCUCCAUCUUGAAAAACUGCAACAUGUUAGUUUGUAUUCUUAGGAAGUAGUUUCAUCUGGCAGAUAUAAUGUGACUAGGUUGGAUGAUAUUAGAAAACUCAAAUAUUUCUGUUGUUGUGCUAAUUGAGUUGUGGCUUAGUAGCCAAUAACAUUUCUUGCUUAAUUGUUCUUUUGUGGAGAAAUAAUGCUGCAUUAUCUCAUCAUCCUCAUUAGAAUUUCUACGGAUUGGAAUAUUGAGUACACAACUGAUUGUAGCUUCUAUGGUCGUAACAGUUUUCCUUUAUACUACCUUUCUGGAUCA